GUGUGUGUGGUGUGUUGUACAUUUCCCUGUCCACUUACCAGCUCUCUUAUUUCUCUGGGAGAGGACUAAGAGACUAAGGUACUCAAAGGACAUCUUCCCAUCCAGCGCUGCCAGAGCAGUACUACUGUAGACAGCCUGUAUCAAUAUCAAUUCAGCUGAGGUGUGAUUAUUGCUGGUUGAAAACUUGGAUCAGAUCAAACUAUCUAUCAAGAGCAGUACUAGAUCAUCUGCACCAGAUACCCAACACCCAGUGAGUUGGUGUUGCUGUAGUUAGCCACCAUGGGAGCCUACAUUGCCAAGAUGCUACUGCCCACCGUUAGUAGCCUGGUGUUCCUGCCUGCAGCCAGUGUGGCCACCAAGAGAGGCUUCCACAUGGAGGCCAUGGUCUACUUCUUCACCAUGUUCUUCACCACGAUUUACCAUGCUUGUGAUGGGCCAGGCCUCUCCAUCAUAUGUUUCAUGAAGUAUGAGAUCCUGGAGUACUUCAGCGUGUACGGAACAGCCAUCUCUAUCUGGGUCACACUGAUAGCUUUAGGGGAUUUUGAUGAGCCAAAGCGUUCUACUCUGACCAUGUUUGGGGUUUUGACCUGUGCUGUGAGGAUCUACCAGGACCGCUGGGGCUAUGGGAUCUACUCUGGACCAAUAGGAUCAGCAGUAUUCAUAAUCACUGUCAAAUGGUUACAGAAAAUGAAAGAGAUAAAGGGCCUCUACCCCGAGAAGAGCGUAUACACCCAACAGGUGGGACCAGGAUGCUGCUUCGGUGCCCUGGCUCUGAUGCUCCGCUUCUACUUUGAGGAGUGGGACUAUGCCUAUGUCCACAGUUUCUACCACCUGUCUAUGGCUGUGUCCUUCGUGUUGCUGCUACCAAAGAAGAACCGCUAUGCAGGGACAGACAGCAACCCUGCCAAGCUUAGCUGCUACACCCUCCUCUGCUGUACACCAUUUCCUGCUUCUACGAAGGAGAAGGACAAGAAGAAGACCCCGUCUCGAACCAUUUGGACCAUUCCCACUGAACGGCCUUGGACACGGGCCUGCAGCUCACCAACUCUCCCUCUGUACAACCCACCUAGUACACCUGUUAAGAAAGCACUGGACAUCAACACUACACCUGUUAAGAAAGCACUGGACAUCACUACACCUGUUAAGAAAGCACUGGACAUCACUACACCUGUUAAGAAAGCACUGGACAUCACUACACCUGUUAAGGAAGGAUGGGAGAUCAUCAAUACUACACCUGUUAAGAAAGCACUGGACAUCAACACUAAAACUGUUAAGAGAGCACUGGACUUCAGCAGCACUAAACCAGUUCAGAAGGGACUGGACAUCAGACUAGAUAUUAGCAGUACUAAACCUGUUCACAAAGGACUGGACAUCAGCAAGCUCAAAGAACAGAAUGGGUGGAAGUGACCCCACAAGACAGAUAAACUUUUAUGAGUCAGUUGGUCUUGGUGAUGUCCAGAGAGAAAGCAAAUAGAGAACGAUGUCAUACAAUACAGGGUUACAGGAACACAGACAUCAUCCACAAAGGUCAAGCCCUGUGCUGUGCCCUCAAGGACAAAGAGUAUGGUUGUCUCUUCUGCCUGUAAAGAAAACAGGAGAGCAGCCCUUUACUUCAAAACAUGGGGAGAGUGACAGGGAGAAGGGUUCCUGAGGCAAGCCUGUAAAACUGACUGGAAAAUUUGUGAGUAGCACAAAGCGGCAGACAUUUUUUCUCUCCAAGAUGAAUAAAUUGUCCUUCAAAUGUUUCUCAGGAGGGACCUUUCGUCUGCUGCUCUCUCUCUCUGAGAAAGGAACUAUGCAGUUAAAUUCGGUUAUGAAAAUUACAAGAUUGUAAAAGCACAUUUUACUCGCUUUAUAUAUCCCCUAGGUGCCAAACAUGUCAUCUGGUGCAUCAGACUUUUGAGUGCAGCAGAAUCCGGUCCAGACACAAGGCUGUAAACCAACUGCAGUGCUUUAGAAUGUUUCGAAUGAGGCGGCAGGUAUUUAUUCCAGUAUAUUGAGUGACCAAGCAACUUUGACUUUGUUUCCUUACAUUUCAGCCUCACUCUCUCUAACUGUUUUGAUGAUGAACUUUACUUUAUAUAAUACGUAUUUAUUGAAAUGGGAAGGGUUUUAUUUAACCAUGAUGGUUUCAC